AUAUGGACUUGCUUAUGUGUGUCUUUGCCUUGGAACGUUUGAUAUUAAUAACAUAAGCAACUUAGAUUUUCUUAUUCUGCAUGCUGUUGCAUAGGCGUAUGUAUUUAUGUCACAUAAAUUGCUUCUAUGUUUUGGUCUACAAUAUAGGUCGCAUGAUUUUACAUGUGUGUGCGUGUGUGAAUGUCAUGGUCUUACGUCAGUAAAGACAGCAUGUUUAUACUCCUCUCUGUCCCAGUGGUGAAUGCUACAGCUUCUGUUCUCCAUCUUUCUCCUUCUCUUUCCUUCAUCGCCUUUAAAGGUUGUCACUGUUAGAUGAGGACAGAAGCGGCUCACUUGUCGGGAUUUGUUCACUUAGCUGUGACGCUGGAGAAAUGCCAUUGCCACGUGACCAGGACCACCUCACCUUUUUGUAACGCACUAUAAACACUAUAAAACGAGUCUUAAUACACCUUGGGUGUCUUUGAACGAGUAGAAGCAACAAUGGCUGCUCUGGGUGGUUUGGAUGCAUCACUGGUUAAAGGUUUUCUGCUAAUGAAGCCAUCUCCAGAAAAACUUUAUUUCAUGGAUGACCUGAAUUUUAUUAAUCGAGAGUUGAGACCAGAGGAGAUUGAUGCUUGUGUGUUAACGUGCCAUUCGUGUGUUUGGUAUGUCUUGACGAGUGAAGAGUUGCGAGAAGCGUUUAAGGAGUUUGAUAAGGAUAAAGAUGGAUUCAUCGGCUGUAAAGACCUGGGGAACUGCAUGAGAACUAUGGGAUACAUGCCCACAGAGAUGGAACUAAUAGAACUGAGCCAGCAGAUCAACAUGAACUUAGGUGGCCAUGUGGAUUUCGAGGACUUUGUAGGGUUGAUGGGACCUAAACUCCUUGCUGAGACAGCGGACAUGAUCGGCAUAAAAGAGCUCAGAAAUGCCUUCAAAGAAUUUGACACAAAUGGAGAUGGUGAAAUAAGCACAGGAGAGCUAAGGGAAGCUAUGAGAAAGCUGCUGGGACAACAGGUUGGCCAUCGAGACCUAGAGGACAUACUGAGAGACAUUGACUUGAAUGGAGACGGCCGAGUAGACUUUGAAGAGUUUGUGCGAAUGGUGUCCCGCUGAAAGGGCAGCGUUCAUAGAGUGUCUCCAACAGAAGAAAGUGAGAUGCUGCACUGCUUCCUGCUGGUCAAAGCAGACAGAGUAUUAGACUACUGCAAGAAAGGCCCUGCUGAGCCGGCAGUGGUGUGUGGUAUUAAAAAAAUGAAAACUGGAGUUUUUGGAGAGAGAAAAAAAAAAUCAUACGCACACACACACACACACACACACAAAAGUAUACAAGUAUACUGUAGCCAAGUGUCUCUGCACUUUCAACCAUGCAAGACCAAACAAAGUUUUUUUUACACGCACAUUAGAGUACAAUGCUUGUUAUGGCAAUAUUACAUUAAGUGUUGUCCCUGUUGUCCCAUAUAUGUGUCUCCUUGUGAUAAGCUAGGUGAAGAAAAUUAUGUCAGAAUGUUUUCAGUCAUACUCUGUGAUGUCUAAUUUGUUAGCAGUAACGUAAUGGCGUAAAUGCAUUGACUUCCUGAUAAUAUGUUAUACGAGUCAAACUCAUAACUCAUAAUUAUUUGUCCUUGUCAAACUAUUUGCCUGUUUCUGUUCUAAAAUCACAGUGCAUGACUUUAAAACAAAUAUAUUCCACUGUGCAAGAUGGAACCAAAUUUUGUUGCUGGCCUCUAUAGUUUUAAAGGUUUCAUUUUAACAUAGAACUACGUGAUUUCUAAGUUUAGAAAUGUUUGAUUCACUAUUUUAGUUAUCAUGACAUACUUGUCAGGCAACUGAUUUCAAGAGCACAGUUUGGCCUAUUUGAAUCAAUGCAAACGUUCAAUACCUGAUCAUGACAUGCUUAAGAAACCGACAGUGAAGAUUUAUUUAUUUGACUUGAGCCUCUUUAUGUCUGUUUGCGUGAGCAGUGUGGAGGCAUGUGUAGUCUUAACUGUUAUCUGAUCUGAUUAUUGCAUGCCAAAAAGACCUUCAUAUGUAAUAUAGUGGUUUUAAUACCUUGUAACAAAUAAGCAAAUAAAACUGUCUAUUAAUAGUGUAUAUUUUUCAUCACCA